UGUUUGGGUCGGUGGACAAUUUUAAACUGUGAGAUACGCUAAAAACACAAAUGGGUCGCAAAUUCCAAAAGAAAAAGAAGGUUGAGCAGCUGGAAAUUGUGCCGCUAGAUGAGAAUCCACCGCUACCCUCGCAAAGACCAUCAGAUGAGGUCGUUCCAAAGAAGGAAAAAUGGAUAAAUAAACAGCGAGUUUUGGUGUUUGCGGCACGUGGUAUAAGCCAUCGCGACAGACAUCUCAUGCGCGACAUCAAAACUCUGAUGCCGCAUCAUCGUCCCGAGUCGAAAAUGGAGCGCUCCAAGACGUUGGCCGUGGUCAAUGAGAUGUGCGAAAUGAAGCACUGCAACAAGGCCAUGUUGUUUGAGGGCCGCCGCAAACGGGAUUUGUACAUGUGGUUGUCGAACACGGUCGGUGCCACCGGGCCGUCAGCCAAAUUUCUCAUCGAGAACAUCCACACGAUGGCGGAGUUGAAGCUAACCGGCAAUUGCUUGCGCGGCUCACGACCGUUGCUCUCCUUUGAUGCCAAAUUCGAUGAGCUACCCCACCUGAAACUGCUCAAGGAGCUUUUUGUGCAGACAUUUGCAGUGCCCAACCAUCAUCCAAAAAGCCAGCCGUUCAUUGAUCAUGUUUACACAUUCACGUACCUGGAUAAUCGUAUCUGGUUUAGGAAUUUCCAAAUUCUAUCCGAAGACGGUGGCCUCUCGGAGGUGGGCCCACGUUAUGUGAUGAAUCCAGUAAAGAUUUUCGAUGGCUCGUUUACGGGCAAAACCAUUUGGGAGAAUCCCGAUUACGUGAGUCCCUCCAAACAGAGACAGAUGCUCAAGAAGGCCGCCAAGGACAGAUAUGUGAAUCGCGUCGAGCAAAAGGUGCAGCAGGAGGCAACACGCCCAGUCAAGGCCUACGAAGGUCUCGACAAUGAGGAGCUGUUCGAAGACGAGGAUCCACUAGAAACCGCCAGACUGCUGGCGCUCAAGGCUAAAAAGACGGCCGAGCAAAAGAAAACGCCCAAAGCGGCGCUCAACAAACGGAUUAAGGACAAACAAAUGCAGGUGGUGAAGCAGGUGAUCGAGCAGCGCAAGGCACGGGUAAAACGUGUGAAAAAAGUUUAAAAUGUUUUAUUUCGCGUUACAU